AUGUUGAUAUCCAGGCUGAUACACCUCGCGGCAUUCGGCACUGCUGUCUCUGCAGGAGAUUCUCGCUGGCCAACCAGUCCACCAGUUGUCGAUCUUGGGUACGAGAUUUAUCAGGCAAUCGAAACCAACGCAAGUACUGGGCAUUAUACGUUCUCGAACAUCAGAUACGCGGCACCCCCCAUUUACGAUCUGCGUUGGAGAGAACCAGUGCCACCCCAGACGAAUCGCUCUUCAAUUCAAUCCAAUUCUCAAGCGAUUACCUGCGCUCAAGCGACCCCAUCAUGGCAAAUCAAAACGGCCCCUGCCGUUAACGGUUAUCUGGAUUCCGGAGUCGUGCCUAAUGUCUCGUAUGCGAACCUGACGAGCAUGGUGCAAUAUGGCCAGGAGGACUGCUUGUUCCUGGAUGUGCAUGUGCCAAAGACUGUCUUUGACCGGGCCCAGAACGGUGCUCAGGUUCCAGUUCUUGUGUGGAUUCAUGGGGGUGGAUUUACAGCCGGCUCCAAGACCUCCUUCGGCUCUCCAGAUACUCUUCUUGAUCGCGCUGCACAAAACUCGGAUUCAGUCAUCUACGUUGCCUUGAACUACAGACUCGCUGCUUUUGGCUUCCUCGCUGGGGCUUCUUUCGAAAAAGAGGGCGGCUUGCUGAAUGCCGGUCUCUUUGAUCAACGCAUGGCCCUUCAGUGGAUCCAGGAUAAUAUCCACCGUUUCGGUGGUGACAAGCGCCAGGUCACUGUCUUUGGGGAAUCCGGUGGCGGGGGGUCCAUUAUGCAUCACAUCACCGCAGGGGGAGGGGCCAUCCCAGCCUUGUUCCAGCGCGCUGUCCCACAGUCACCGGCAUAUUUCCCGUACCGCUCGGCGAUGGAGAACCAGAAUGGAUUCGAGUCAUUCAUGGGCCGUGCCAAUGUCACUACUCUGGCUGAAGCUCGCAAAGCCCCAUCAGAGAUCUUAGUUGCAGCGAACUCUCACUCCAUCGGCGAAACCUUACCCUAUCACUCACCCGUAUACGGCCCAACCCCAGACGGGAACCUGGUCCUCGAAGACCCCAAGGUCCAUCUUCGACGACGCGAGUUCGACCACUCAGUCGAGAUCCUGGUCGCCCAUAAUUCAGACGAAGGUCUCGUCUUGGUUCCAGUCAUCCAUACCGACGCCGAAUACAGGGCUCUGAUCAAAAAAAUACUGACCAGCGCUGACUCGACGACAAUCGACCAUAUCGCAGACGUCCUCUACCCGCCCAUCUUCGACGGAUCCAAAGGCUACACGAACAACUACCAACGCGCAGCCAAAACAGCCGGCGACGCCAUCAUCGACUGUAAUGCCGUGUCCCUAGGUCUAGCCUUUGGCUCCCAGGGACGGGCACGGUCGUAUUAUUUCUCUUCCUACCCUGGCAUCCACGCGCAGGACACGCCUUAUACCUUCUACAGCCCGGGUGUGCAGUCCGGGUAUGCGCUUGUUGAGACCGGGCCCAUCAACCAGACUGUUGCGUAUGUGCUGCAGGACUACAUUGCGAGCUUUGCCGUGACCGGCGAGCCCAUGAGCGGGCUGGAUGGUUUAGGAGCAAUUCCGCCGUAUACGUCGAAUGGGACGACGGUCCGUUUGGACUCGGGGGGAAUUAAUAUCACUAGUGAUCCGGCGCUAGGUGACCGUUGCAAAUGGUGGGCGUUGGGAAGGUAUAAUUAA